AUGCUAGACAUUGAGGCGCCUGUUACAGUAUGUGGGGAUAUUCACGGACAAUUCUACGAUCUGAUGAAGCUCUUCGAGGUUGGUGGAUCACCAGCUACUACGAAGUAUCUCUUCCUGGGCGAUUAUGUUGAUCGAGGAUACUUUUCGAUCGAAUGCGUCUUGUACCUGUGGGCGUUGAAGAUCUGCUACCCGAACACACUUUUCCUCUUGCGAGGAAAUCAUGAGUGUCGUCAUCUAACCGAGUACUUCACAUUCAAGCAAGAGUGUAAAAUCAAGUAUUCGGAACGCGUGUACGACGUCUGUAUGGAUUCAUUUGAUGCGCUUCCGUUGGCAGCGUUAAUGAACCAGCAGUUUUUGUGUGUUCACGGUGGACUAUCGCCUGAAAUCCAUACGCUCGACGACAUUAAGAGGCUAGACCGUUUCAAAGAGCCUCCGGCGUUUGGACCGAUGUGCGACCUGCUGUGGUCGGAUCCUCUAGAAGAUUUCGGUAGCGAGAGGAAUGCUGAGCAAUUUAGUCACAAUUCAGUUCGGGGAUGCUCCUACUUCUAUAGUUAUGCUGCGUGUUGUGACUUCCUCCAACACAACAACCUCUUGUCCAUAAUACGUGCGCAUGAAGCUCAGGAUGCGGGGUAUCGAAUGUACCGAAAAUCGCAAGCAACGGGAUUUCCUUCACUCAUUACCAUAUUUAGUGCUCCAAAUUAUCUCGAUGUAUAUAACAACAAAGCGGCCAUCCUGAAAUACGAGAAUAAUGUUAUGAACAUUCGGCAAUUCAAUUGUAGUCCGCAUCCAUAUUGGUUGCCGAAUUUCAUGGAUGUGUUCACCUGGUCUCUACCUUUUGUUGGAGAGAAAGAAGUGCAUAGUUCGAGAGUCCGUAUCUAA